AUGGGACCAAAAGCCUAUCGCCAAGGAGUAUCCAGCAAUCCGGCAUCUAGAACCCCCAUACCUACAAAAUCUCCUUGCCAAACAAUUGAGGUAAGGGAAGUAGAAUCAGUGCACAAGAGAUAUCCAUUGCUGGUUGCUGCUGGUUUUCUCACAACUUGCUCAAGUACAGGUCUUCCCAUACAACUUCCAAUUAAUUCCUCUGAUAUCACUCAGCUACAAAUUGUCUUUGAAUAUGGACUAGUAACAGAAGUAGAGCUUGAGGCUAAAGAGGUUGAGGUAGAGGAAACCCAAUAUCCAUCGGAACGUCUGUUUUGUCCAUUUGAUGAUGAAAGGAUAUUAUCUGACCAAUAG